AUGGCCACCCUGCCAGCAGAGCCGCCGGCUUCUCCACCGGCGAGCCUCAAACCCAUCCACAGCCUGGUCCUUGAUACCGGUCCACUGAUCAAGAACGACCCUCCAGUCGGCGCGCUCCUCGCCCAGGCCGAAAAGCUGUACACGAUUCCGUCGGUCGUGUCUGAAAUCAGGGACCCCGCCACCCGCGCGCGGGUCGAGACGACGCUCCUGCCGUUUGUUACCCUCCGCGCCCCCGGCCCCGCGAGCAUAAAGUUUGUGACGGACUUUGCGAGGCGAACGGGCGACUUGUCGGUCCUGAGCCGGCCUGAUGUCGAGGUCAUUGCGCUCGGCUACGAACUCGAGUGUGAGAGGAACGGCGGCGACUGGAGACUGAGGAACGCCCCCGGGCAGAAGCGGUUGAAUGGACGGCCGGGCGAGGCAGAGACCCGGGCCGGUGCGGAAGACUCGCCAGACGACACUUCUGAAGAACAACGAGGCCACCGGGCAGAGGUGGCGGCGCUGGCGGCGCGAUUGGACGAUGCGAGUCUGCGGGAGGAAGCCACGGCAGGACCAGAACCACGGCCAGCCUCCGAUCCAGCAACCGCCGCGACGCAACAAGACUCUGACGACCAAGGCUGGAUCACGCCGUCCAACCUGAAGACACACCAAGCCGCCGACUCGGCGGGCGGCGGCGGCAGCAGCAGCAGCAGCAGCAGCAGCACGCCGGCCGCGCAAAAGACGCUGCAGGCGGCCAUUCUCACGUCCGACUACGCCAUGCAAAACGUCGCGCUCCGGAUCAACAUCAACCUCGUGACGCCGGCCUUGGCGCGCAUCACGCACCUGAAGAACUGGGUGCUCCGGUGCCACGGCUGCUUCGCCAUCACCAAAGACGUGGAGAAGCAGUUCUGUCCCAAGUGCGGCCAGCCCACGCUCACGCGCACCAGCUGCUCGACCGACCAGCACGGCAACUUCCAGAUCCACCUCAAGACCAAGUUCCAGUGGAACAACCGCGGCAACGUCUACAGCGUGCCCAAGGCGGUCCACGGCUCCGCCAACGGGCGGCCGCCCAAGGGCGCGGGCGGCAAGAACGGCUGGGGCCGCCAUCUGAUUCUCGCCGAGGACCAAAAGGAGUACAUCAGAGCCAGCGAGGAGCAAAGGAGGCAGCGCAGACAGGACGUGAUGGACGAGGACGUCCUGCCGGGCAUACUGAGCGGGAGGAGGUCCGGCAGCGCGGCAAAGGUGCGCGUCGGGGCCGGCAGAAACGUGAAUGCAAAGAGAAAGCAUUAG